AUGUCGAAGAUCACGGUCGCCGGAGUGCGUAACAACGUCGGAGAGCUUCUCGACUACUCCCUCAACACUAAGAAGCGAAACUUCCUCGAGACCGUCGAGCUCCAGAUCGGCCUGAAGAACUAUGACCCUCAGCGUGACAAGCGUUUCUCGGGCACCAUCAAGCUCCCCUCGGUUCCCCGCCCCAACAUGAGCGUCUGCAUUCUGGGUGACCAGCACGAUAUCGACCGAGCCAAGCACGGUGGCGUCGAUGCCAUGUCCGUCGACGACUUGAAGAAGCUGAACAAGAACAAGAAGCUCAUCAAGAAGCUUGCUCGCAAGUACGACGCCUUCGUCGCUUCCGAGACUCUGAUCAAGCAGAUUCCUCGUCUCCUCGGUCCCGGUCUGUCCAAGGCCGGCAAGUUCCCCACGCCCGUCUCCCACGCCGACGACCUCACUGGCAGACUCAACGAGGUCAAGUCCACCAUCAAGUUCCAGCUGAAGAAGGUUCUCUGCAUGGGUGUUGCUGUUGGCAACGUCGGCAUGACCACGGAGGAGCUUGUUGGUAACAUCAUGUUGGCCAUCAACUACCUCGUCUCGCUGCUGAAGAAGGGCUGGCAAAACGUUGGCAGCUUGACCAUCAAGGCUUCCAUGAGCCCUCCCAAGCGCCUCUACUAG